AUGUCAGGAAAUAGCUACAUCGUCGUAUUCAAUGACGAAGUUACUGCGGACCAAAUUGACAAGUACGUGGCUGAAGUUAAGGAAGGAGGGGGAGAAGUAACCAAACGCUUCGAUGCUAUCCUAAAUGGCUUUUCUGCAAGGAUCUCAGACCAGACACUUAAUGUAUUCAAAUCGCUUCAAGGCGACGUGAUCAAGUACAUUGAACCGGACCAGGUCGUCACCACGCAGUAG